CUGCACUUGACAGACGGCGUCGUCGUCUCAUCUCAUGUCUCAUCACGGCAUCGAUUCUCUUCUUAUAAAUCCCUCAAAUCUCUUAUCAGCCAUAGCCAAAUCCUUAUCUUCACCCGAAACUCUCAAUCCUAAGUCCCAACACUCACCAACCAAAUAAAACCUCAAAUUCAUAGCAGCCCUUUAUCCCUUACCGCAAACAAAUGUCGAAAAAAGGAGCUGCCCUCCAAAACGACGUGCCGUGGCGAGCUUCAUCCGCCGCAAAACCUGUCCCGAAAAUCCACCACUCUCCGGUUCUUAGAGUCCCUCAGACUCCUGAGUCUAGUUAUGGCCUCUAUGUGAUGAAGCAUGCAGAUCCAAUUGGGAGUGGGCUAGGGAAAGUGGCUGUAGUUGAAGCUGCCGGGCCCGACUGCAUUGUGCCUGGACUAGCUACGCCCAUCAAAUUACUUGGGGUAAAGGUAUGGCCCAUUGAAGUUGACCUGAAGUUUAUGGAACCAGUUGGUCGGCAACUCCAAGCAGUUGGAAGGUUCAUGGAUUCAGCUGUUAAUAUUAUGGACAAAACGUUUGUUGAUCGCUAGCAACGUUCUUGAAAUACACGCAGUAGUUGCCUGCCAUCUGUCAUACAGAUUACUCAUGGUACUCUCGGGCAGUAGACCUUGAAGACUUGUUUCUUUUAUAUAUACAUAAUCUGAAUGUGUUCCAUCUUUUAGUGUCGAAAUAGUUACAAAGACAAUCAAGAAUUCUGUCCAUUGAAGAGUUCAAUCAGAUUCGUUGUUUUCUUUUUAUUUAAUUAAAAUUUUGUCAAUUAAGGUGGUGUUAAGAUCCUUCAAUUCGAUCGAUAUUCAUGUUUCUUCUUGCCGUAAUUCUUGAAAUUGCCGGUCGGUCGAUUAUACUGGCGUCUGGUAUGCAUUCUGUUUUGUUUGGGGAGAACAGUGAUCCAUAUGUUAGGUACAAAACCUGAAUUUCAAUACAACCAUGCAGAGUAGUUAGUUCACUAGUCUUGUUUGUAUUGUGAAUAUAUGUGAUUCUUAUCGUUCCGAAAGAAAAAAAUACCAUGCAGGAGGCAACUUGUCA